UUAAAACAUGCAAGCACAACGAAUUAGGCUUCUAUAUAAAAUAAGGGCAAUGCAUAUUAUUUACAAAAGUGUAUAAAUUGUUGUUCAAAAGUGGAAGAAAUUGUAUACGGGCACCAAUGCACCUCCUAAUGAAAUCGAUUGACAUGUUGCACCUGUUUUCGCGUUUCCUGGCGGUUGUGGUUAUGGCUGCACUAAAGGGUUUGCUGCAACGAGACUGAUGCGUUCAUGAUGACAUCACUAUUGAGCGUGUGCAUGACGGAGCACGGGCAAAGCAAUGGUCUUGACACUUCACUAAGUAUGUACACUAAGUAUGUUCUCAAUUAAAACUUAAUGAGAGGCGCCAGCACAAGUUGUAUUUGAGAUUGACCCAUAAUCAGAUCCCAAUCCUAAAUAUAUUUACUCGAGUCAAAGGGCUCCUGAUUAGGCUCAUUGGACGAACCGGAAGUCCUGACAGCUUUUCAGAACUUCCGGUUAGGCUGUUGAGGAGAUGGAAUCCUGGAAGUGUUCAAGGUGUUACUGAGGGCUCAAUGGGGAGAAAGAAGCAUUGAAACGCUGUACAUGUUACCAGGAAAUACUGGCAAGAUGCUCCGGGCAUUCCAUCCGGCAGUAGCAGACGAGGUGGACCUGCUCCAAAGGAGCCUCUCCCUGGCGGUGGGGAGCCUGCCCCUCAGUGGGUCUGAGUGAGGCCCAGCUGACCUGUCUGACAACAGGCUAGCUGAGCACUGUAGCAAAGAAAUCCACGGACCGAUAUAAUGAAAUGGGUUGGAUGUUAUAGUUUCGAUGUCCAACCUGUAUUAUAUAUUAUAAUUAACAUGUGGUUUAUUCUGCAUGCGUAGUGGGAACCCUUCAUGACAGAUGCUAGGCCUAUAUGGUUACCCACUGCCAUUGACAAUGUGGUAUUGACUUGUUUUUAUUAUCAAGUCAAAAAAUAAAGCUGAUUUUAUAUUUCUCUUUCUCUCAUUGAAAAAAAAAAUCCAGAUAAUGCCUAAACAUUAAAAAGUAAAACAUCAACCAAGGCUUCAGAUGCAUGCAUGUAACAAGUUCUAGACAUGUCACGGCAAGAGAGACGGCUCCACGGUUGAAGGGCGAGGCUUGUUGGCUCUUGAGAUCAGCUCUGAUCCGCGUAGCGCCGAGCUGCGUCGCGUACUGCACUGGUUCUGGGCUCCAUGUUCAAGUUUCCACUCUUAGAUAAGGAGCUCUCAGCACCUCCACGCCACAGGUCACUCCAGGACGAGUCCUGCCAGGUAGCGAAGACCUCCACCCGGUUAGUCCUCCAGGUAGCGUGGAUCUCCUCCCGGUCGGUCCUCUGAGGAAGCGGGGAUCUCAUCCCGGUUGGUCCUCCAGGUACCGUGGACCUCCUCCCGGUCGGUCCUGCCGGUAGCGUGGACCUCCACACGGCCGGUCGGUUCUCUCGGUAGCGGAGACCUCCACACGGCCGAACGACCGGACGGAUUCACGGGCGGCGCGACCGCAGAUCCUCUCUGGCCACCAGCUGGUUCUGCAUUAUGCGGUGCCUCUCCCUGCGAGCUCUGCGGCUCCACAACGCUGUCAGACUUCACCACUUCCUCUGGCAGCGAUCCAGAUGUCUGUGGCCGCUCUGAGGAUGAAGGUUUUGCCCUGAAGCCCAGCAGCAUGUCAGAGCCAGGAGACAAAAGUUCCCCCUGCUGGACCGAUGAGGCCAUUCAGAACGGGUACGUCCCGAGUUACCUCGACAAAGACGAGCUGUGCGUCGUGUGCGGGGACAAAGCCACCGGCUACCACUACCGCUGCAUCACCUGUGAGGGCUGCAAGGGGUUCUUCCGGCGGACCAUCCAGAAGAACCUGAGCCCCUCGUACGCCUGUAAGUUUGAGGCCAAGUGUGUCAUCGACAAGGUCACACGCAACGUGUGCCAGGAAUGUCGCUUCAAGAAGUGCAUCGUGGUCGGCAUGGCAACAGAUCUGGUGCUGGACGACAGCAAGCGUCUGGCCAAGAGGAAGCUGAUCGAGGAGAACCGCCAGCGGCGGCGUAAGGAGGGGGUCCUGAAGCCGACGGGGGAGCGGCCGGAGCCCACCCAGGAGGAGUGGGAGCUGAUCCGCAUGGUGAUGGAGGCCCACGUGGCCACCAACGCCCAGGGGAACCACUGGAAGCAGAAGCGCAAGUUCCUGAGUGGAGUGGGGGUGAAGGAAGAUAAGCCUGAAGACAUCGGCCCAGUGCCCAUGGUCAGCGCCCCCGAGGGAAGCAAGGUGGACAUAGAGGCCUUCAGUCAGUUUACAAAGAUCAUCACCCCGGCCAUCACCCGCGUGGUGGACUUUGCCAAAAAACUGCCCAUGUUCUGUGAGCUGCCCUGCGAGGACCAGAUCAUCCUGCUGAAGGGCUGCUGCAUGGAGAUCAUGUCGCUGCGCGCCGCCGUGCGCUACGACCCCGAGAGCGAGACGCUGACGCUGAACGGGGAGAUGGCGGUGACGCGGGGCCAGCUGAAGAACGGCGGGCUGGGCGUGGUGUCGGACGCCAUCUUCGACCUGGGCGUGUCGCUGUCUUCCUUCAACCUGGACGACUCGGAGGUGGCCCUGCUGCAGGCCGUGGUGCUGCUGUCCUCCGACCGGCCGGGGCUGAGCAGCGUGGAGCGCAUCGAGCGUUGCCAGGAGGUGUUCCUGCUGGCCUUUGAACAUUACAUCAACUACCGCAAGCACAAGCUGGCCCACUUCUGGCCCAAGCUGUUGAUGAAGGUGACGGACCUGCGCAUGAUUGGGGCGUGCCACGCCAGCCGCUUCCUGCACAUGAAGGUGGAGUGCCCCAACGAGCUCUUCCCCCCGCUCUUCCUGGAGGUGUUCGAGGACUGAGCCUUCAGACCGCCACCGCCCAGACCGCCACCACCGUAGACGUCUUCUGGGUCCACCGCCCGGACCACAGCCCUGAACACUGCCGGAACACCGCUCACACCGUGAACCGGCUCCUCCUCUUCCUCCUCCUCCUGCUGCUGCUGCUGUGUGUGUCUGUUGUAAAGAAUGUGUGUGUGUGUGUGUGGGUGUAUGUGUGUGUGUUAGAGAAUGAGCGGUAGAUCUGCUUUCAGAGCUGAACUCCGGAGCUUGUCCAGAGCCUUCCAGCCGUGUAGCACACAGCAGGAGGUCGUCCAGUCGGCGGCGUUCUCCCACUGGGAGUGCUGCGUGGGGUUCAGGCGAGGGGCGGGCCUGGGUGGGCGUGCAGGAGGCAGGACCUGACACAAAAAGUACACCACGCAAACCGCAGGGAUUGGUCCACAGCACAUCCAAGAUGGCGGACCGGAUCGCCGACUAAUCGGUGAUGAUGACGUCGAUGUUUUUGCUUCGAUAUCCAGACUACAUGUAUUAUGACUUGGUUUGGCGCCGGUAGCGGGGUAGCAAGGUCAUCGACGCUUGCUGUGAAUUCUUCUUCUUCUUUGGAUUUAGCGCCACCUACUGUACCGGAGAGGUGAGACCGGGUCUAGUCCUGGGAAUCCCCCCUGUACCGGAGAGGUGAGACCGGGUCUAGUCCUGGGAAUCCCCCCUGUACCGGAGAGGUAAGACCGGGUCUAGUCCUGGGAAUCCCCCCUGUACCGGAGAGGUGCGACAGGAUCUAGUCCUGGGAAUCCUCACAGUGCUCCGGUCACAUGUGGGCUCAAUGGGACGUUACAAGGACAUUGGAACACGAAGCAGGCAGGGAAAGUCAGUUUAACGGCCAGUCAAACGGUCAGUCCUCACAGCUCCACCGGGUAAGGCCUGGAUAGUUCAGGGCCGCCGUGCAUGUGUGUGUGUGUGUGAGAGAGAGAGUCUGUAUGCGACUCAGUGCUGCGGUGCACGGGCGCAGUCAGCAGGGGAUGAAGGCGGCGGGGGUCCGGAGGCCCGGGGAGGCCGGGGACGUUCCUAGCACUACUGACCGUCGUUUCAUUCCGUAGCGUAGGAGUAGCGCUCAGCCGAGUACUGGACGGAACCAUUCCUUUACGAUGCGGGUACUGAAUAUAUAAUAUCAUUUUUUUAUUUGUAUUUCUGUUGUCGGUGUUCACCUUAACGGCUGGUAUGGCUUCUUCUUUUUUUUUUUUUUUUUUACAAUAUCUUUGCGUCUGUUUUUGUGGAUGACUUAUGAUUUGGACUAUCGGCAGAUAAACUGGCUGCUGGAUGAGAGACACUGUCUCUCUCUCCCUCAACAGACUUUGCCUUCUCAGUGAAGUGGAUCAGUUCUCGGGUAGUGGUUAGCCAUGCAGUCUCUGUAUGAGGGAGGGGGCAUUCUGGACCCCGAGUCGCACAGCCCUGCGGAGCCACCCGCUCCUCUUUGAGAGUUCUCCGACCAAAGCCCACAAGACUUACAGACAUCAGGAAAUCACAACCUGGAGUAGCCAUGCCACGCACACUGUGCCAAAAUACACAACCAAGUGAGUCGGAGGGGUCAAGGAGUGUGUUGGAGGGUUCAGCGACGGCUGCAUGGCGGCUGGCUCCACUGACCCCAGCUCCCAUGCACGGCUCAAACAACUCAUCUUUUAACAAAACAACUCCACAGUAAACGUUGUCUUUUACAGCUGGACAAGUUACCUCUUAAUACCAUACAUACAAAAAUUAAUAGAAAUGAAUGAGACUGAUAAAAAGAUGCUAUGCAAAAGGUUCAGUGUGUGUGUGUGUAUAUAUGUCUAUAUAUAUAUAGAUAGAUAUUUAUAGAUAUAUAUACCCACUGAACAUUGGGAUUAGUUCCACCCUCCCACAGUAGGGGCGCUUGUUUAUGAACGGUAACACUAUGAGGUUUUGUCUGUGGACGUGAGGAAACCAUUUUGAAUCAUUGAGUUUCUAGGGCCCUGUGUCCCCCUAAGGACCCUGACGUAAUGCCAAGAAACAGGGGUGCAAGGUGUGCCUGGCUGCUGGUGAAGGGCUCCUCCUCACCGAGGGGCCGGCAGGUGGGCUUCAGAGAGAACCGGCCCCUCUCCCGGCGGGUACAGGCAGAGUCGGCGCUGGCCGUUUCGGCGCCCUAGGCGACUCGACAUCCACUUGCGCCCUGGACAGGUCUUCCGAGCGGGGGGGGGGGGGGCCCUGGGUAUAGGCUCCGCAAGCAUGGAAUUGUUGGACAAAAAAAAAAGCCGGAUAAUUUAGUCAUUAUAAUUUGUAUGUUUUGCUUUUGCAAUAGCCUCUCUGUCAUGGUUGUUUGCCAUGGGGGGAGGAGGUUUCUAACGCUUUGUAAAUGACGCUGGCCCUCGCCACACUCUACUCCUCAAAAGCAAACCUUUUGCGUUCUAUCUUUGUCCUCUAAGUCGAUUACUCUUCACCUAGCAAUAGACUCAGUUACAGUGUUUUUAGAUACCUCUCACACAUCCACAAAACACCUCACCAAACUAAAAUACGCAAAAAGUCAGAAAUGCACAGACAAUCAUUGGAGAGACAGAAAGAGAGAGAGAGAGGAGAGAGACGGAGAGAGACGGAGAGAGGAGUGCAGGCAGGGCACACUGGAGCCAACCGGCCCAGAGUGGGGCUGUUGAGGCUGGGGGAGCGCAGCCAGAGCUGAUCCAAUAGGGGAUCACGUAGUUUUGAACCUUCUUUGCUCUGGACAUAGUGGACUCUAGGAAAACCCAGCUCGGCCAUCUCUCCUUUCAUGUUUACUCCGUUACAAAACAAUAACAAAAGGUUACACAGUAGGACAAGAAACUAAAAUAAAUGAAUAAAGAAGAAAAUAAAAUGCUAUUUUACAAGUACAAAGGAAAAGGAUCUAUAUUUUCGGACAGCAUUGUUUUGUACAGGUGUCGUUGGAGCAUAACAUGGACAUUGUUUUGUGUUUUGCAUAGCAUCCGAGUUGCUGUGCAAAGCAUAAUGUAAACAAGGAUAAGACUUUGUGCGACAUUCACUUCUACAAUACACAACUACCUGAGAGACCGCACUUGGACUUCAGUCUGACAGUCAGAUAAGUGUUAAAGGAAGAUAAUGAAACAAGAACGUAAAGCCAACCGUCAUCUCAUUACCAGCAUCAGGAAACCAAGAAAAGGAAACAAGCUAACAAUCUAAGGUCAAAUGAGCGUCAAACACACAAUAUCAAAAAAACUAAGACAUUUGGAACGUUUGUUGUGGAUGAGCUGAUUGUUCAUGGAGAGAAAGGGAGUAUUAUAAAGGUGUGUGUGGGGGGAAGCCCGGGGGGUACGGAGCAGUUGCACUUAAAGACCAUUUGAUGCUCACGGUUAAUGAUGUUUUCACUUCCUGUGAAUUGGCCCUUGAGAGAAUAAAGAUUGUUUUAAGGAC